GCAUGUGCCCUCACGCAAAGAAACCCAUACAUGAAGAGGAGACCCGGCGGCCACAGCGGUCUAUCACUUCUCUGCCACCGGCUAAAAUGAGCCUUUACUAGAGAGUUACGACAUUAAACCGGAUGCCUCUAUGAUCCAGCCAACCUUACAGCGAGAUAUACAGUGUUCAGUUUGCACAAGAGGUGAGCCAUGGCUGAACCGAACCCCUCCCGCCCCCAAAGGAAGAUGUCCACCACCGGGGAGAGUGUGUACAAGGUGCUAGGGCUGGAGAAAGGAGCGACCGCUGAGGACAUCAAGAAAGCAUACAGGAAACUAGCAUUGAAGUACCACCCGGAUAAGAACCCCGACAACCCGGAGGCUGCAGAGAAGUUUAAGGAGAUUAACAACGCCAACUCUAUUUUAAAUGAUGAGACCAAGAGGAAGAUCUAUGAUGAGUAUGGCUCCAUGGGCCUCUACGUGUCCGAGCAGUUCGGAGAGGAGAGCGUCAAAUAUUACUUCCUCAUGUCCAAAUGGUGGUUUAAGGGUCUGGUACUGUGCUGCACAAUGUUCACCUGCUGCUGCUGUUGCUGCUGCUGUUGUUUCUGCUGUGGGAAGUGUAAACCACCUGAGGACGAUGAUAACUACCAGUAUGUCAACCCUGAAGACCUGGAGGCCCAAAUCAAAGCAGAGCAGGAUGGAGGUUACACGGUAAUUAUAGGCCAGCCCAAAUCUAACCUGGGUCCAGAAAACCCAGAAGGCCAGAGUCAGCCCAUCCCCUUGCCACUGCCCAUGCCUCCCUCCGAGGCCCAGUCGCCGACCCUGGCCAGUCCAGCGGGGGAAGAAAACCCCGGAGAGACCCUACCAGAGUCGAAAUGACUCGAAAGUGACAGGGCGGAUGAGCCUCAACUAGCAGAAACAGCCUUUUCGAGCCCCUACUACGAUCCAGCCACAUCCGACUGCUGCCAGAGAUCAACCAGCCCAAAGCCACCAGCCGGCCCAGGCCCACACCUCAAUCCUGACCGCUCAACCCACCUGAUCUACCCACUGGACCACACCUUUAAGGUGGGCACCUAAAGGCUUUUGGCCAACUCCAAGGAACUCGAGACAUGGAAGAGUGUUCAUGCAGAUCAAACUACUUGCUGAGCUCUGUUCAAUGCUAAAUGUUAGUCCCCUUUCUCCUUCCAGCUUGUUACAUACUUUUAGCCUAGCCUGGGCUAGAAGUGACCUAGUCAACAGUUUGAGUCAUCCAGGACUAUACCCCGACUCUCACUAAUCUGUUCUAGUCAUCCCAUCACAACCAGUGAGGACUGGGCUGCAAGAUGGUAAAAACAGUGAGAUACAAGGGCACACAACAUCAUGGAUAGGUGAUCCUCAUUAUUUAUCUGCUUACCAGACCAGGACUGGAACUAUCUCUCUCCCAACCGCCCUUGCGUCUCCCUCCAUUUUGGACUCAGUUCGUGUCCAACAGGAGUGCGUUUUUUUUAAACAUUUCUCCCCUUUUUAACUUGUUUUGAAGUUGUCCUCCAAGUUAAAAAGAAGGGUUUUUGGAUGCCACUUUUGACUGCUGCUAAGCAACGUGGGUGUGGAUGACCUUUUUUGUUUCCGGGUCCUUCAGUCAAAUAUUGCCCUCCAACGUUCAUCCUUUCAAACAAGCUCAUGAUGUUAAGUGUGGUGGUUUGAAGUAUUCUUCUUUCGAAGGAGGACUACCGGAAAUACGUUUUCAAUUCUGGACCUUACUACAUUUCACCGGCAAAGCGGAACUGAAGAGGCUCUGCUCCCCAAUGUGCAUGCAUUUUUUUUAUUUAUUCUUUUCAGAUGCAUGCCCCCCCCCC